CUUCCUCGCCAACAAAACUCUGUGAUACACACCGUGCAGCGCCGAAUCUCUUGCCUCUGCACUGCAUCCGGAUUUCCACAGCAAUUCCACUCCUUCUACCUCUCGUUGUCUCUUUAAUACCACACACACACACACCCCUCUAUCCAAAAUGUUGGAAGCACGGUUGGAACAGGCCAGCAUCCUGAAAAAGGUUGUCGACGCCAUCAAGGACCUCGUCCAGGACUGCAACUUUGACUGCAAUGACUCUGGUAUCGCCCUGCAGGCCAUGGACAACUCGCACGUAGCCCUCGUGUCGAUGAUGCUCAAGGCCGAAGGCUUCUCUCCCUACCGAUGCGACCGCAACAUUGCCCUCGGCGUCAACCUGACGUCUCUGACCAAGGUGCUGCGAGCUGCCCAGGGCGAGGACAUUCUGACGCUCAAGGCCGAGGACGCACCGGAUGUUCUGAACCUGAUGUUUGAGAGCAGCGAGAACGACCGCAUCAGCGAGUACGACCUCAAGCUCAUGGACAUUGACCAGGAGCACCUGGGUAUCCCUGAGACCGAGUAUGCUGCCACCAUUACGAUGCCUGCGGCUGAGUUUCGGAGAAUCUGCACAGAUCUGGCUGCCAUGUCAGAGUCAGUCGGCAUCGAGGCCUCCAAGGAUGGCGUCAAGUUCUCUUGCAACGGUGACAUUGGUAACGGCUCGGUCACUCUGCGAAGCCACACCAACAUUGACAAGCCCGAUUUGAACGUCGACAUUGAGUUGACGGAGCCCGUUUCUCUGACCUUCUCCCUCAAGUACCUGGUCAACUUCUGCAAGGCCGCUGCCUUGUCUAGCCAGGUCAAGAUCUGCCUCUCCAGCGAGGUGCCGCUCUUGGUUGAGUACAACCUCUCCGGUAGCAGCUACCUGCGUUUCUACCUUGCACCAAAGAUUGGUGAUGAGGAGUAAAUUUAUUCCCCCUAAACCCUACGAUUCAGACGCCCAACACAUACAAUCUUCGCAUAUAUCAGGCCGAGCUUUGGAGUAAAAAAACGACUCAAGUCUUCCAUCACGGCUGAUCGACUACCCACCGAUGAUAGGCAGAGAGAGAGAGAGAGAGAAGAAAUGGAUAUCGAGAAUGUUGUUAUAGUUGCACAGGCCUCUUUCUUUGUUUUUCUAAUCAUGAUCUGUGGUAAAGAAGGAAAAGAACAAAAACAAAAAUGAAUGAGCAUAUGCCUAGCUUUAGUCUUACAAGCCGAUAAUUACCUCCCUGAACUACCCAUCUUGACCUUGUCCCGCGCUGGAGAGGUUUACUACCAGCUCGCUUUUCUUUCCGCUACUAUCCCC